GCACGCUUUGAUCUAGGGCAGUGUGGGAGGAUCUGCACGGCAGCAGUGGCUGCCGGUAUUAAGAGCUACCCAGAUUCUUAUUUGUGAUUUUAGGUUCACGUGGCUUCUUGCCACCAGUUGUUGACUCUAAGGGAAUUUUCAGCUGGGCGCUGGUUUGAAUUUAACCUUCAACAAAUUACAGGUAGUGUGCCGGUGUUUUAGUGCAUCCAGUACAUGCAGGGUGCCUAAGAUGCCCAGCUGCAUGCUUGUACGAGGUAUGCAACAGCACCAGGCAGUAUUUUGAGGGCCGCCCAGAUAUGUGUGCAGUCUCAUUGCUUUUGUGUCAAGUAUUUAUUUUAUUUUUUGGAAAUUUCGAAUUCCACCGUUGUCUUGCAUCAAAGUAAGGUGCAAAUGGUUAAUUCCAUAUAUGUCUUUAUAGCUAGAUCUGUACACUUGGAUGUGAACAAGCAUGAGAUGCAUCUCACGGGUGAGAUGACGGUGCUCUCAUUUUGUGAGAGGUCAGACGUGGCAGAGCAGCCCGCUGAUUGGUGCAGGCAUGCAGUGCGAACAAUUGACGCUUGCAGCUGUACUGCCUUAUGUCUAGUGCGGUGCAGAUACUGUUUCUGGUGUGCGUCUUGAGGGCUGUUUAUUUCUUCCGCUAUUGGAUAUCCGGAGAAAGAAAUGAGACGAAAAUCCCUGGCCAGAAUCACUGGAGCCAGAUGUAAGAAAGAUUAUUUUU